AUGCAGUCCAUGGAGCGCCUGCGGAGCCUGCUCGGCUCCCUCAACCAGCAGGAGCGGGAGCAGCGGGACCUGCGCUUCCGGCCCCAGCCCCCCGUGACCAGUGAGUGUGGGUCUGGCAGCUCAUCCUGCAGCCCCGAGUGGAGCAGCCAGCUGGAGUUUGGCACCAAUCCCACGGACCACCUCCUGGCUGACGAGGCAGCCGAGGACCGCAACCUCCACUCGCUCUCCUCCAUCGUGGAGAGCAUCGCCGCGGAGGACGUGACGUUCCAGGAGCAGCGGGUCCAAAACUGA